UUUACGAAAAUGAAAGCUGCAAAGUGACGGCGGCGGCGCCAAUUAUGUCAGCAAUUUUCCGAUGCUCUGCGUCCAAGCUCCGACGCCUAACCAGCACCGCAACAAUCACCCUCUUUCACCAUCGUUCCGCCGCCAAGCCACUCCUCCCCCGCUCCAACCAAACUCCACUCCUCAGGCUCGCCAAAUUAGGGUUCCAGGAGCGCCAGAAAUGGGACGGAAGCUCCGAUAACUACGACCAAAUCAAAGCGGAGGUCAAUUGCCCUCGAUGCUCCAAGCCAAUGACUGUGCUCUUUUCCAACCGCCCGCUCUCCAUCACCGCCGGCGAGAACGGCAUUUACCAGGCUGUUAACAUGUGCUGCCAUUGUCGCACGGCCUACUAUUUCCGGCCCUUCAAGCUGGAGCCGCUGCAGGGCAGUUUCAUCGAGAUUGGGAGGGUUAAGGAUGGUAGAGAGAAUAAUCGGGAUACGGUAGGGAAAAGCGGGAAGAACGGUGUGAAGAUUUGGGAGAAGUUGAGGUCUUAUAGCAGCAUCGAGAACAAUAAUGACGCUGGAAGCUGUGGUGUUCAUCAAGAUGGUGAUCGUGGCCGGGAGGAGGAUUCUGCAGCGACUGCAGGUUUGGUGGAGGAGGUGACAGAAGUGGGGCAAGAAGUAUUGCCAACGCCCAAGGAGAUAUGUAAGGUGCUCAAUGAAUUUGUUGUCGGGCAGGAGAUGGCAAAAAAGGUGCUUUCUGUUGCUGUUUAUAAUCACUACAAAAGAAUAAACCAUUCCUUGGUGAAGAAAGAGGCAGGCUCUGAAUCAUCUCCUACUAAGUCUGAACAAGAUUGCUGCAAUGAUGAUGCUGUUGAGCUGGAGAAGAGCAAUGUCUUAUUGAUUGGCCCAACGGGCUCAGGAAAGACAUUGCUUGCAAAAACACUUGCUCGGGUUGUGAAAGUACCUUUUGUCAUAGCUGAUGCAACUUCAUUAACACAGGCAGGUUUGAAGUUUGGUUCUGGUGAAACAUUUUGUGUUCUUAUUAUUACCUUGCAGGCUGCUGACUUUGAUAUUGAAGCAGCUCAGAGAGGAAUUGUAUACAUUGAUGAAGUUGAUAAAAUAACAAAGAAGGCAGAGAGCUUAAAUACUGGUAGAGAUGUAUCUGGAGAGGGUGUUCAGCAAGCUCUACUAAAAAUGCUUGAAGGAACUGUUGUCAGUGUUCCUGAUAAUAGAUCCCCAAGGCAUUCACACCGUGAUAGCAUUCAGAUAGAUACAAAAGAUAUCCUCUUUAUAUGUGGUGGGGCUUUUGUUGACCUGGAGAAGACCAUUUCAGAGAGACGACAUGAUUCCUCAAUUGGUUUUGGAGCCCCAGUUCGUGCUAAUAUGAGGCUUGGUGGACUAAAUAUUACUGUAGCCUCAUCGCUGUUGGAAUAUGUAGAGAGUAGUGAUCUUACUGCAUAUGGUCUUAUACCUGAAUUUGUUGGGCGAUUUCCUGUUAUAGUGAGUUUGUCAGCUCUCGAUGAAGACCAACUUGUACAGGUUCUUUCGGAGCCAAAAAAUGCUCUGUGUAAACAGUACAAGAGGAUGUUCAGCAUGAAUAAUGUCCAGUUGCAGUUCACAGACGAUGCAAUGAGAUUAAUUGCAAAGAAAGCAAUAGCCCGGAAUACUGGCGCACGUGGUUUGAGAGCCAUACUAGAAAACAUUCUGACUGAGGCAAUGUUUCAGGUCCCAGAUGCCAAAUCGGGAAAAGACAAGGUAGAUACAGUUUUGGUUGAUGAGGAAGCUGUGGGUGCACCACAUGCACCUGGAUGCGGAGCAAAAUUGCUUUUUUCAAACCACGGGAUGGAAGAAACCCCUGAGCACGCAGAAUCAAGAGAUACAAGUGACGAUGGCACUGCUGAGAAGGGAAGCUUGCGUGAACAUUUGGAGGAUUCAUUGCCUGCCAUGAGUUUGUAAUUUGACAGAAUGAAAAGGCUCAUCGAUCUUGUAUAUAUAUGCACAAGUCCUGAAUAAUCAAUAAUUCUUGCCAUUCUCUUGCCCAA